AUGUCGAAACAAAAGGGUACGAUAGUCGAAGCUACGACGGGCAUUCAAACAGCUGCAGUUCAUACGGCUCUGAGCGAUGAUGUUCGAGUCAAAUCUGUUGUCACAACAGAAACAUUCUCCACCGUUAACAUGGAAAAUUCGGCAAAAAUCAAUGAAUUGAUGAAAAAACUUGGUACUACUCAUUCUCAAGUUGAUGACUAUUCAAAAAAGCGUACGGACGAAAUAAGCGAUGCUCUGCAAGCUUCUAUCGCCAAAAUCGUCGCCGAAACCCAAACCAGCCAAGAAACGCUUCUUCUUGACGCAAACAAACGUAAUGCAACGAUCGAACAUGAAUACAAAGUCAAACUUCAACAUUUCGUCGAUCAGCUAGAUCAGGAGAAAGCGGAGACACUAGCUCAACUCGAGAAAGAGCUUAGUAUACAGCAAGAAGCUAUUCUGGAGCAGGCACGAAAACGUAUCGACGGUGUGAAUGAAGAGGCUAAUCGAAUGAAGAUAAAUGUGUUGAAGGAAGCUCAACAACAAGUCAAUACUAAUGUAGACACGAUAACUGAUCAGGUAGCACAGCUUGGUCGUGACGAUGCUGCGCGACGACUUCAGUCGACGACGACAACAAUCAUUACCACCCAGGCGAAAGCUGCAGAAGGACAACGAAACGUUAAGUGA